AUGGUGAUCUUGAAAGAGAGCGGCGGGAAGAAGACGACGCAGGGGCGGAAGAAGAUCGAGAUCAAGAAGAUUGAGAACUUGAGCAAUCGCCAAGUCACCUUCUCGAAACGGCGGUUGGGGCUGUUCAAGAAGGCGAGCGAGCUGUGCGUCCUGUGCGGCGCGGAGAUCGCCAUCGUCGUCCACUCCCUCGGCAAGCGCGUCUUCUCCUUCAAUCACCCCUCCACCGGCGCCGUCAUCGACCGCUACCUCGGCGGCGAGAGGGAAUUCGACGCCGCCCCCGCGGUCAACACCAGGGAAUUCAACCGCCACUACUCUGACGUGUCCAAUCAGUUGGAGCUGGAGAAGCAGCGGAGGGACUUGAUUGAGGAGGCCAAGAGGGCGGAGGGCGGAGGAGAAGUGUUCUGGUGGCAUCAGGGUGUGGAGGAGAUGGAAUUGAAUGAAUUGGAGCAGUACGCGGAGGCGCUCGAUGAGCUCUUGAAGAAUGUCGACCUGAGGACUAAUGAUCUCAUGAUUUCGCACUUGCUUCCGUCGGCGGUCGCCUCCGACGAUGCGGCGGCGGGGGGGCUGUGUGUGGCUCAGAAUCAGAUGGGGAAUAAUUUCGAUUACGAGAAUUUCAUUGCUCCUAAUCAAGGGCUGGACAUGGUCGGUUUUGAAGGGAGGAAGACUUCUUCUCCUGCAUGGCUCAAUUACUAG